GUGAUCAGCAUUAGCGUAACCAAGAUAGUUAGAUUGGGGGAUAAAGGCGAAUUGAGCACGGGGGAAAUAGGAGUUGAAACCCUUCGAAACAAAAAAGGAACCCCUUCCCAAAUAGAUUUUUUGCCAUUGUGUCUGUCCGUCCCCUCUUGCCUCCUCCUCACUAUGCUACUAGCCUGAGAUCAGGCUCGGAUGGAGACCGGGAAAAAUAGAAAAAUAAGAAAAAGAAAGGAAACCCUCUUCUGCCCCCGCCUCCUCCGCCCCGAGAGCCUGAUCACAGGCUACUAUGCUACUGGCAAAUUAAGAACUAUUCACAUCUCGAAGACUUCAGUGAUUUUUUUUCAGAAGUUCUUUCUUUCUAGAUUCGGGAAAUUAUGUUUUUCUUCAAUGCUUCAUUUUAUUUAUUGGUUAGAAGCCGAUAAAGGUACUGUCCUGCCAAAGCUUUCAGGUUUCGAACGCCCUUCAACUUUCAUUGCUUUACUUGGCGAAGAAAAGAGAGUUCCUUACGACAAUCACCGGUAGUAUUGCCCUUAAAGAAGUCUCUGAAGAAAAGUUAAUUUCAGUACAAUGCGUUCUGUUUCGCUUUUUCGAGCCAUUCGGAAACAUAUUUCAUCAUCAAAGCAAGAAAGAUUUCAUUAAAAAGAUUUAUUUGUCCAGCAAAAUGGUUGGACUCGAACUUGUACUUUAUAAAAACGAGUUCUAUCCAGUUUUGACAGCUUGGUGACCCUCUGCUUAGAUACAACACGGUAUCUUAAGCAAACACUUCAGGUGACAAUAUAGAAUGCUUGCAAACCAUUUAUUUUGGUUUACAAUGAAGUUUCAGGCAGACAAACAAUAUAUGGUAUUUUUUCUAGUAGUUUCAUUGAGAGGACGCAUACUCUUCCUGUGCUGUUCAGAGGUUUAAGACGAAUUGUAAAAAACCGUGUAAAUAUUGGCUAAUGGAUAAACAGAGAUUUCUAAAGCCGAGUGAAUUGUUUGGUUAAAAGAAACAACUUCAUUAUUGCUGAACAUAUGUUGCUGCAAAAGGAAAAAUUAAAUCAAAUUUUUGACCUUUGAGUAAUCUCGGAAAAAAUCCAUUUGGAGGUCAAAGGAAAAGCAAAGCAAAGAGAUUGUAAGAUUGGACAAAAGAUAGAGAGAAAGAUAAGACAAGGAAAUAAGCAGUUAUCCUUCUUUGGUUGCUCAGCAUGGCUAGAGAGACUGAAUUCAUUAAUCCAAGUUCGCCUCAGUUUAACAAUAAUUUUCUCGUCCCAUACAUUUUGGUCAACACCAUUGCAUCCUUGUUUAAUAUUUUAAUAAAUCUGAGCCUGGCUUAUGCCGUCAGAAAAAUGAAACUGUUUAAAAAGCCGUCAUACAGAUUUAUACUAUGUUUGAGUAUCUCUGAUUUCUGUGUGGGCAUGGCCGUGCAGCCACUUCUAUCAACACGACUUCUGGUGACGAACGUGGAGAAACUGAAAGUUAUCAGGCUUCUUCUAACAUUUCUUGGCAUAGUUUUUGUGCAGCUAUCCGGCAUGACGACUGCCUUGAUUUCCCUCGAUAGAUACCUCCACAUGAAACAUCUGAUGUACUAUCAAUCUCAUAUGACAAUCAGGAAAGCCUCUUUACUCAUAGCUUUAACCGUCAUCCUUGCUGUUUGCAUCGGAUUUAUCGUAACAAUUUCCGCGAUAUUCGGUCAUGCAGAAAUCGUUAACAUUGGUUGGCUAUCGACAAAUUUCCUCAUACUUUUUGUGAUAGUCGUAUUUUACACGCGUGCCUACUUAUCGGUAAAGAAACGCGUUGCUCAAAACACCAUGAACAAAGGACAGAAUCGCCCAAGUCAAAGAUACCAACGCCCAGACUUUGAGUUUGCAAAGGGCAUGAUUUUCAUCUUGGUUGCUUUGUUUGUUUGUUAUGUUCCAUACUUAAUCGUUGGGAUGCUAAUUGCAGUUUUGCCGCAGUCUUCGUCUGACACGUCAUUUAACCUGCAAGUCGCAUUCUACUGUGCAUUGAUUUUCGUUUACUUUAUAUCCUCAUACAAUGCUUUAGUUUUGAUCUUUUUUGACAAGAAACUCAAGACAUUUUUCAAGUCACGAAUAAAAAAGGAAUCUCAGCAACAGAAGAGCGUUGCAUUUAAAGACACAACUGUUUAUCUAGAAGACAUACAAUAGCCGACAAAAGACUGGAUAUGCGUAGCUACCACGACAGUGAAUUUUAGUAUCAUAUCAAACUGACUAUCAGUGACAAGAAAAGCAAUCAUGUUGACAAGAACUGGGUGAAGCAUUUGCAAUCAGCCGUAUUGUUGGGAACAGAUGGAUUCUGACUUUGAAGUUGCAUAAAAAAGCAAGAAAAUGCGAUUCAUUUCGAAUUUUUGACAUUGGAUCAUUUCCUCUCUCAAGAAGGCCUUGAGAGAGAAGAUCAUUGCAAUUGCCUAGAUCUCAAUGCAACAAAACAGCCUGGGAUUAAACUUUGGCUAUGCAUUCUCUUGUUUUGUUUAGACCAAAAAGCACGCCUCAACAGCAUUAUAUUGUAACCAGACCUAAAAAAUGCCGCUUUGCAUUCAUGCUGACAAGUUUUACAGUUACCAUUUCAUUUUUAAAGCAAAUAUAUUUCGGAUUUCUUAUAACUUUAGAUAUGCUUUGAAGUAACUAAUUGCUGCUUCUACAGAAAACAAUUCUCACACACCCAAAUGCGACAGUGCAUGUAGUACACAACUAAAAUGUUUCUAUAAAAUCGAUUACUGCCUUAUUCCGCACUAAAGGUAUACGUUAGCAACCAAUCGUUUGCUUUUUAAACAUCUGUGGAUAACAAACCCAUCUGAUGUGUGCAGGGCCGUCGAAAGGCAGCUCGGGCACAGAGGUGAUUCACGAAACUUGACCCCCUCAAGAAAAUUUCCUGUGGCCACGCCCUUCAGUCUACCGGAGAGCAAGAGAAACGCCUUUUUUAGGUACAUUUGUUGAAAAAGUUUAUUAAGGACUUUUAAAAGAAUGUGUAAAAGCAUUUUACAUGAAUCAAUGACAUGUGGACAUUGCUCUGCGAUGAAUUUACAGGCGUUGAUUCGAUAUAAGUAGCUGAAAUAGUAGCUUUUUGCAUUAUAAAUAGAGCUUGUUACUUUAUUACGGGCCCCAUUGGAGCACGGGUCCCGGACCUUUUGCCUCUCCUAACCACCCCUCUUAACGACCCUGGAUGUAUGUUAAACAUGGAAAGACUAGACCUCCUGUAUGGAAACCUUUGUUUCUCUCAACUCUCCCCAUUUGUCCUUACAUAAAACCAAAUAUGUAAGAGUCUACAAGGAUUAUCUGGAGAGGAAUAUCCAAAAGAAGUUUUGGUAAUAUAGUAGUGUGUUAAGAGUGAUAUUUUGCUUCAACUUUUCUAUCAGAAUGUAUAUUGUCUUUCUUAUUUUUCAACCUGUAAAUGUCAAAAUUAUUAUGAUUGUUUUAUAGUUUCUCUACCCUAAAGAGGUUUUUGGCUUCCUGGAGAGAAUAAGAUAAGCUGAUGAUAUUAAGAUCAGUUGGAAAACCUGUCUAAUACACAGUUCUCCCACUCCUCUAAGCCGUUACUCCUAAAAAUGACUCGAAUCUUUCCUGUACAGGCAAAUUACUAAGAGGUGUUUUCUCAAGGUCCCUGUCGCUAUGGAACAAUCGUACUGAGUGCAUUAUGUCUGAAAUUUUAUGUAUUAAAUUCCAAAAAACAACAUAGCAUCUUGAAGUUCUUAAUCUUAAGGAUACAUGAAGAAAAGAGGCACAUUGAUGGUUAUGAUCAUGUAAACAGUUAUCCUACAUUUAUUGUAUGUAUUUUGACUUCUCUGCAGUAAACUUGGACUCAGUUGACAGAAGAUGCCAAACCUGAAUACUAGUAUAAUAAAUUCGAAAAUGGCUUUGAAAAAAGCAAACAUUUGAGUAAACUAAAGCUUUU